UGAGGAAACCAGAGCGGCGGAAAGCAGUCUAUCAGGGCGGCGCAGGACCGACGGCUUCUGUUCCAUAUCUGUGCUAGUUAUCCAACCUUGAAGAGCAGCAAAGCUUUUCUUUAACGGAGACCAGGAGAGGAUCGCUUGCUGUGAGAUCAGUCCGCCUCCUAGUUAGUUCCCUCUGGCGUCACCCUGGUGAAGAUGGGGUGAUUGCGUUCUCUCAUCAUCUAAUUAACUAACCUGGAACAAGCCCAGGGUCGAGCUCCUCCUGAUGUCAGAAGACUCAGACUCCAAGCCCUAUUGCUUCCCAGUGCUGGAGGACCAGGAUGGCACCUCAGGGUGCAGAGCGUCCACCUCGUGCGGCUCCAUCCCCAGGGGGGCUUCAGGGUGCAGCUCCAUGGCACAGCUGCACCGCAUGGGUGGCUACAGCCAGGCCGGGCCCGACCUAGGCCUCGCUUCGGAGGGCAGCGACAGCAGCGGUCAGGACCCUCCCGCCUCGCCACACAACCUUCGCAAGAACGCCCGCUCCCCAUCGCUCCCCGAGGAGGAUGUGGAGAUGAAGAGCAGCGGGUCCAGCGGGAGCGGAACCGAGUCGCACGGCAAUGAAAGCCACGGCAACGAGAGUCACGGGAACGAGAGCCACAGCCACGAGUCGGUGGGCAGCUCCAACGGCAACAGCAAGGACUCGGCGCUGCUGGAGUCUUCUGAGAGCAAUAAGAGUUCGAACUCCCACAGUCCGUCUCCUCCGAGCAGCUCGAACGCCUUCAGUCUGCUGAGCUCGGAGCAGGACAACCCUUCAACCAGCGGCUGCAGUAGUGAGGAGUCCGCCAAAGCAAAGACCCAGAAGGAGGUGAUCAAAACGCUGAAGGAGCUGAAGCUUCACCUGCCCGCUGAGAAAAGACACAAUAACAAGUCCACCACGCUGAACACGCUCAAGUACGCCCUUCGCUGUGUGAAGCAGGUGGAAGCCAAUGAGGAGUAUUACCAGCUGCUGAUGAUCAAUGACAGUCAGCCUUCAGGCCUGGAUGUGUCUUCUUAUACGAUAGAGGAAAUCGACAGCAUCACGUCUGAGUACACCCUCAAAAACAAUGACAUUUUCGCUGUCGCAGUGUCACUCAUCACGGGAAGGAUAGUCUACAUCUCCGACCAGGCAGCCUCCAUCCUCAACUGCAAACGAGAUGUGUUCAAGAACUCCAAGUUUGUGGAGUUCCUGACGCCGCAGGACGUCAGUGUGUUCUACAGCUUCACAACGCCUUACCGCCUGCCCUCCUGGAGCAUGUGCACCGGAGCAGAGUCAUCCCCGCCUGACUGCAUGCAGGAGAAAUCCUUUUUCUGCCGGAUCAGCGGCGGUAAGGAGUGUCAAGGCGACCGGCAGUACUAUCCAUUCCGCAUGACGCCUUACCGGAUGAAGGUCCAGGACACGGUUCACGCUGAAGACCAGUUCUGCUGCCUCCUCCUGGCUGAGAGAGUUCACUCGGGUUAUGAUGGUGAGGAUCUGACUGCAGGUUUGGAAGGACAAAUUAUGAAUCAGACACAAAUCACAGCAAAUGCACCGAGGAUUCCAACAGACAAGCGCAUCUUCACCACCACGCACACGCCCAGCUGUGUGUUCCAGGAUGUAGACGAGAGGGCGGUACCCCUCCUCGGCUACCUCCCCCAGGACCUUAUUGGCACCCCGGUCCUCCUCCACCUGCAUCCCAACGACCGUCCAAUCAUGCUGGCCAUUCACAGAAAGAUUCUUCAGUGCGCAGGACAGCCGUUUGACCACUCAUCCAUCCGGUUCUGUGCACGAAACGGAGAAUACAUCAUCUUAGACACCAGCUGGUCCAGUUUUGUCAACCCCUGGAGCCGCAAGGUCUCCUUUGUUAUCGGAAGACACAAAGUCCGAAUGGGCCCCGUGAAUGAAGACGUCUUUGUGGCCCCGGCCUCCGCUGCCAAGGAGAUGAAGUCCAUGGACUCUGACAUCCAGGAGAUUACUGAGCAGAUUCAUCGACUCCUGUUACAGCCGGUUCAUAACAGUGGCUCCAGUGGCCACGGCAGCCUGAACAGCAACGACCACCUUCUGGGCAUCACGUCUUCUAGCGAAAGCCUGAACAACGGCAACGAGACCAAGAUGCAGCAGGAGGAAGAGAAAGCGAGCGGCAAAGCCCGACCUCGAACUUUUCAGGAAAUCUGUAAAGGAAUUCAUCUUCAGAAGAGCCAGGAGCAGCAGACAGCCAAACUAGACAACAAGAAAGGCAGCGGCAUAGAGUCUGUACCAAAGAGUCUAGCGGUGGUGCGACCCAAAGACUCGGCCGCCCAUCUCAGCUGGAGGGAAGCCGGCUCACCUAUGGAGGAGAGUCGAGCCUCUUUACAGGAGGACCUGUCCUUCAAUGAUCAGACUGUGUACUCCUAUCAGCAGAUCAGCUGUCUGGACAGUGUUAUCAGGUACUUAAACAGCUGUAAUGUUCCCAUCACCAUGAAGAGGAAGUGUCAGUCCUCCUCCAACACCGGGUCCUCCAACUCGGACGAGGACAAACAGAAAGGACCCAACAGCAUGCAGGUGUCCGAAGAACCAACCUUGUUGAAGGAUCAGUCCGCUCUCUCUGCUUUGGAUGAUCAAGACAAAAAGUCCAGUGACGCAGCCACAGCGGUAGUGGGCACUUCGCUGCCCCUCCCUGUACCAAACAAACCAGAAAGUGUGGUGUCCAUAACCAGCCAGUGUAGCUACAGCAGCACCAUAGUGCAUGUCGGGGACAAGAAACCUCAACCCGAGUCAGAGAUCAUAGAGGAUGUACCAGGUGCAGGGGAGACGGCAGAACCCAGCCAGACCCCCGGGGUUCCCCCCCAUGCAGUUUUACCUCCCAGUCAGGAGAGGGAGUCGUACAAGAAACUAGGGCUGACUAAGCAGGUUUUGGCCGCCCACACGCAGAAGGAGGAGCAGGCCUUCCUGUGUCGCUUUAGGGAGCUUCGUGGACUCACAUCCAUCAAAGCAAACUGCUCACAGUACCUUGAGCGCCAGAGGGGGCUGAUCACCAGCGAUGCUGCACCUGCUGCUCGGCCCGGCAAACAGGAAGCGCCGGCUGCACAGCCGACCACGCGGCGAGGCACGCGGAACAAGAAGACCAAGUCAAAGCGGGCAAAGCAGAUCGAGUCCUCGGACAGCACAGGGUCCCAUCACAGACAGCAGCAGCCGCGGCCUCCUCUGCUAAACCACGGCCUUAACCAAACCUCCUGGUCGACCUCCGAUACCUCACAGUCCACUUUCCCCAUGGCCUAUCCUGCCAUGGUGUCAGGAUACCCCCUCCAGGUUUACCCCAGACCUGACACCAUAGCUCACCACACAGAUGCCCCUCUACAAGGCUUUGGGGGCAGUCAGGGUGUCCAAGCACCUCCCUGCCCGCCAUCCAUCCAAGCGGCUCCCUACGCUUCCUCCAUGGUCACCCCCAUUGUGGCUCUAGUGUUGCCCAACUACCUGUACCCUCUAAUGGGCCCCGGGCCUCCUCCACCACAGCCGGUGUUCCACGCAGAGACUGGGGGCUUCCCCGCCCAAGCACAGCCUUUCGGUCAGGCUGCCUUUCCAGGCCAAGGCACUUUCACAUCUCUGCCUUCCUUCAGCGGUCAGAAUCAGUUUAACUCCCCAAACCAGUUCACUUCUCAAACGGGCUUUAUAGCUCCAUCAUUCUACUUUCCUCCGUCCACGGAAACCCCAAAGCCCCCUGUGGAGGGUCAGUCUCGCUCUUCAACACCACAGUCUGGAGGCGCUGGAGGCCCGACGUCCCCGCCUCUGUUCCAGUCUCGCUGCAGCUCACCUCUCAACCUGCUGGAGCUGGAGCUGUCUGUGGACCGGCAGGACAGCACGGCGCUCUCCUCUGGAGGACAAGCCAAUAACACGACGGAAAGGGAAAAAGGAGCAAGUGGCAACCAAGCAAAGGAGAGAGAGCUGAAACAGCCAUCUCUCAGUCUCCUUGGUCCACCUGGACCCUUGUAUUUCGGGGGCACACCCUGUGUCUGUGAGCGUUUGUCUUGGGAUAAAGUGUGCUCUAGGCUGAGGGCUGGCAGCAAAGAGACAAGCUCACGCGGCGACGGCAACAACAGCGAUGCCAACUCUUUAUCCAGCGACAUGUUGGACAUCCUCCUCCAAGAAGACUCCUGCUCAGCCACCUCGGGGUCCAUGGGCUCCGGGUCGAACGGCUGCGGAACGUCGGCCAGCGGGACGUCUAAGAGCAGGACGUCGGGCAGCGGAGCCUCAGCGAGUGGCACAUCGGGCAGCGGAACAGGAAGCAACAACAGUAGUAAAUACUUUGGCAGCGUGGACUCAUCUCAGAACAGCCAGAAGGUCAAAGGACACUCGUGCAGCAGCGAAGGAGGCCCGGUGGAGAUGGAGCAGAACGAACACUUCAUCAAGUAUGUACUGCAGGACCCGCUGUGGCUGCUCAUGGCCAACACAGAUGACAAGGUCAUGAUGACCUAUCAGCUGCCCUCGCGGGACAUCCAGAGAGUUCUCAGGGAGGACAGAGAGAAGCUGAGGCUGAUGCAGAAGAACCAGCCGCGCUUUUCAGAGGAGCAGAAGAAGGAGCUGAUCGCGGUCCACCCCUGGAUCAAGAAGGGAGGUUUACCCAAGGCCAUAGACGUCAAGAUGUGCUCCUGCUGUGACAACAUCUCAGAGGCAACUGCAGCAGCAGCAGCAGUGGAGGAUCAGCCAGACCUGGACCUCGGUGACACAGAGACAGAAGAAGUCGGCUGCCAGCAGAGGCCCACAGAACAGCCUUCAAACACCUCCUGCCACCAGCUUUGUCCAGGCUCCAGCCUCCAGACACAAUCACCGAGCCAAUAAACUGCUAAACAUUGUCAGAGUGACUCGUUACCCAGCCUGUUGGACUGAAGAACUGUGAAGAGCGACCUUCGCCGAGGGACCUGCACUAGACGGGCUCUUACUGUUUCUGUUGGGCUGUUUUAUAAGUUAUAUACCAGAAAAAAAACGGCUUAAAAGUCAGACUUUUGUAGAAUGUGAAUAUAUGUAUAUGUAUAUUUAUAUAUAUAUAUGUAGUGGUCAUCAAACUACGUUUUAUUUUAAUCAUAAUGUACAGCAGGCAGGAUUGUUUUGUUGUUUGGGGGCUCUAUGACUGCAUUUGUUUAUUCUCUGUUUGUAGCAAUGUGUGGCACUGAAAAAGUGUUUUACGCACUGGUUAAGGGAAAUACAACAUGUGCUCAUGCACCAGACAGCCGAGUCCAGGUCAAAGUUGCGUCAGCGUGGUGGAGGCUGCUCUAUUUACACGCCAGGAAGUGGCUCAGUGGUGUUCUAACUGUCGUGGUUAAUGAAUGAAUUCCUUAUUUUGGUGACGUUUCCUUGGUGAUGGCUACGCCAUGGUACGUCAGCGUGUGGUUGAAACAGGUGCAGGUUGCUGAAGGUGAUAGACAGAUCAGUUUCAGUCGCUCCUGGCAUUCGUACGCAUCAAGCACCAAAUGAGCACAAGUGCACUUUGUGGGCUGCAGUGGAUGGAGAGGAAAAACGUGAAUGAGACUCCCCGUGUAAAGUCACCAGGACUGAAACACAAACGGGCUCCCAUACGCAGCAGCGAGCAGCGACAAUGGCUGGAGCUUUUCACCACCUCCAUCAACACCUGUGAUUCACAGCCACUGUUUUACUUAAGUAAACACAAUAUAGGAACGCUCCCAUUACAAGUGGAUGUAAUUCAUUCAAAAAUAUUCAGGUUUAGGUACUGAAAGCACUUUUAUCUCACUAUGCAGAAAGGCCCAUUUCAGAACACUAUAGUGGGUCAUAUACUGAAUUAUUAUUUAUGUGGUGACACGUAAGCAGCAGUGUAAUGUCAUCAAUGACAGUAAGUUAACCCCAACUAGUAGUAGAGGAAAAGGUGCCCUCUUAAAUGCAGUAAUGUAGCAAAAAAAUGGAAAUUCUUAAGUGCAUACAUUACUGAUCCCAACACACGAUGGAGGUGGUGCAAACAUCUGAGGCAGCACUGAGGAAACAAGACCGUCAGGUGCAGCGUGUACUGGGUCUGUGGUCAUGUCAGAGAAUUUAUGUCACUUAAAGUUUUUCCCCCUCUGCCUCUAUAACAUGUUACCAUAAUGCAGCUUUACAUUUUCACUGUUCUUAUAACAAAAUGCAGCGUUUUGUUGUUUUUUUCUUCAGCUGCACUGACUUUUAUUUCUUCCUCUCAUUGUAAGGAACUGUAUUUCAAUGCUUGUGUUCAUGUUUGUAAAAGUCUUUCACUCAAAGCAUAGCUUGUAUAUUUUUACAUGCAAUAACUGUUUCUGUAUAAACAGGUUGUUUUUAAUUUAUGACACAUAAAAAAAAAUCCAGCUUGAUAAGCAAACAGAGGACCAUUUACUGUAUAUACUAUUUUGAAAAUGUGAUUUGCAUAAUCAGCAUUAGGACAAUGCCCAGCUCAGACUGGAGCGGAGCAGAGCUGCGUGCUGUUUGUGGUGGGAGGAGAGUGUUGAUGUUUUCCCCUGUUGUAAACUGGUCUGAUGAAUAUGGAGAGGAGCGUCAUGACUGAAGCUCAUUACCAUUCAGAACAAACGUGUGCUCACUUCAGACUGACUUUAGGGUUAUUGCACGGGUGUAAAGCAGCUGAGACAGAUGCCAAGUGGCUGUGCAGUGAGAUUUCCUUCACUUUGAAGUUCAUGCUGUAAUUUGAGACGAAACAGAACUCCUUCUGGGCGACUUGAACAUUUCCUGAAUUUGUCAUUUGUCUUUCUGCUAUUUGAACAGACAUCUGGCUAAAUGCACCUUUUAUUUAAUUUAAUUUUUCUCUUUAUUUUAUUUUUUUGAUGCAGAUUAUUCUAUUAUGUUUAUUUUUUUCUCAGAAUAAAAUGUUGCCUGAUUUGCA